AUGCAGAUGGCGCUGUCUACUGACGAGGCCACAUGGCCCUACGAGGUGGACGAUGGUGAUCACUUCGAAACCUCAGCAGAAGCAUACCACGACAUUCUACCGCUGCUUCGCUGUGCCGCAAAGCUCCGCGGCCUGUCCGCAGAGGAUUUGAAGAUCUACGACCCGUACUACUGCAGUGGCCGCGCAAAGCGAUUGCUACAGGAGUUGGGCUUCCAUCGCGUGGCGCAUCGGCGUAGGGAUUUCUACGCAGAUAUCGCCGCAGGCAAGAUUCCAUCCUUUCACGUUCUGGUCACGAACCCUCCUUACAGCGCUGACCACAAGAACCGGCUACUGGACUUCCUCCUCGAGCGGCAGCGUGCCGCCAAGGCGGAAGCCUUGUCGGAGCCGUUUCUUCUGCUUCUGCCGUCCUGGACUGCCGGGAAGGCCUUUUUCCGGAAGUUCCUGCGGGCCUUGGCUCGUCUUGGGGAGGCACCGACCAGUGGCCGCGGGCGCGAAGAGCGCGGCGCGGGGGUGUUUUACGUUUGCAGGCGAGGUGCGGAGGGAAAGCCGGAGAAGUACAGCUUCGACCACGUGGCGGGAGCAGGGAGGCUGACGUGCCCUUUCUUCGGGAUUUGGAUCUGCGGUGGCUUCGGCGAGGCCGCCGCCACCAACCGCGCAUUGAAAGCCGCAGCAAGCGGCCGCGCCGAGGGUCUUUGGGAGGGCGCUUGGCACUCCUGUCGCCCUUUGCCUCCCGACAACGAGGAGGAAGACGCGACCACCAGUGUCCGCUGGCUUGAGGAUGAGACCUGGAGCGAGCUGCCCAACCAGCACCUUCGAGGAGGCGAUUCCGUGAAGACAGACAACAAGCAGCCGGUUUGCUACUCCUCCGUGACGGGUGCGCGCUGGAGGCUGGGUCUGAGCCGCAUCAAGAUGGUCACUGCCCGUGGUACAGUCUUGGGCGGUGCCGCCACCUUGCAGGAGGCUGGCAUCGAGGAUGGUGAGGUGCUGGCGGUAGUGGUAAAGGACAUAGAGAUUGUUGGCACCUAUGACGGCAGGGCAUUUGCGAUGAUCGGUCGCGACGGUUCUGUUGUGACGUGGGGACAAGACUCUUUGGGCGGCGACAGCAUUGAAGUUCAACAUCAGCUGCGAAACGUGCAGCAGAUCAAAGGAACGAGAGGAGCCUUCGCUGCCAUAUUGGAGGAUGGAUCUGUCUGCACCUGGGGGGAGACGCGCCAGGAUGCGACGUUUGAGGCCGUCCGCCAUGAGCUGCGGGACGUCCGAAAUCUCCAGGCGAGCUUUGGCGCUUUUGCGGCGGUUCGGGGAGACGGAACGGUGGUUGCAUGGGGUAGCCACAGCCACGGUGGGCGCAUCACUGGAGCUUUGAAGACCAAACUCCAGUUCGUGCGGGACAUCGAAGCAACUGGCCUGGCCUUUGCGGCGUUAUGCGCAGAUGGUUCGGUGGUCGCCUGGGGUCACGAGGACUCGGGUGGUGACAGCCGCGCUGUCGGUGAUCGGCUCCAGCAGGUUUGGAAGGCAAAACCGCAAAAGUCCAGUGAAAAGGGGAACUUGACUCUGGAUUACUGGGGCUGGAGCUCAGUCAGUCUUUGA